AUUACAUUCAUGGAUGAAGAUCAACAAAACAUUCAUUUCCAAAGAAUUAUGGAUGAAUCCGAAGAAAGAGAAAUUUGCUACAUAAAGUGCGUUAUAAAGUCAGGAAGUCUCGAAUUUGAAUGGUCCAUUAUUACGCCAUCAACAUGGGACUGGAUCGGGCUGUAUGAGGAUAAUAGUAAAGAAAAUAAGGAUUGGCUCACUGGACAUUGGUUUUAUAUCGCCAACCAUAGCCAUCGUGAAACUUUAACCGAUGGUCGAUAUUCUUUUACUGGCUCUCAUUGGAUUGGAACCGUAUCUGGUCAAAAUCAAAUCAGGCUAAAUACAUACGAAUCUAAUAACAUGUAUAAGACUUAUGCACACACGAAU